AUGUCUCAUCAUAAAAAGCGUGUGUACCCAGCAGCGCAGAUGCAAGGUUAUGCAUCUAAUGGGUUCCAGCAACCUGCGCUGGUUAAUGAUGGUACCAGUGGUUAUGGAGCACCAAUGGGUUAUCCAGCAGCUGGACAAGUGCCAAUGGCAGCAGGUGUGCCCCCUGUAGUAGGAGCAGGUGCUCCAGUUGCCCAACCGCAACUUUUCACUCCUGUCCAACAGCAGUUAAACCAACAAAUCGAUCAGACAACUGCUGCUAUGGGAAACGUUCAAUUGCAUAAUGUUCCAAUAGUAGAUCCCAAUAGUUACUACCAGGCUCCAGCUCAAGGUGUUAGCUCUCCAUAUAUGCCAGCAGCGGGAGCUGGUGUUCCCCUAACACCUGCACCGGCAGGUGUAGCUACUGCAGCUGCAGCAGGUGUUCCCGUUAGAGGUGGUAAGCCAAUGAAUCAGUUGUACCCUAUCGAUCUAUUAACUGAACUGCCACCACCAAUUCACGAUUUGUCAUUGCCACCACCACCAUUGAUGGUUCCACCGGAGAAAAUGUUGGUUCCAAGUGAGUGGAGUAAUGCGUCUCCUGAUUACAUCCGUUCUACUUUGAAUGCAGUCCCAAAGAGUAGUUCGCUAUUGAAAAAAUCAAAACUGCCAUUUGCACUUGUCAUUAGACCAUAUCAACAUUUACAGGAUCACAUUAAUCCACCACCAUUGAAUGAAGAUGGGGUUGUUGUACGUUGUCGUCGUUGUCGUGCCUACAUGUCACCAUUUGUAACAUUUAUCGACCAAGGUAGAAGAUGGAGAUGUUGUUUUUGUCGACUAGCCAAUGAUGUUCCUAUGCAAUUCGACCAAACAAUGGCUGGUGUUCCUGCAAAUCGUUACGAUAGAAAUGAAGUUAAAUAUGCUGUCAUGGAAUACUUGGCUCCAAAGGAAUAUACCAUGAGACAACCACCACCUUCUACGUAUUCUUUCAUCUUGGAUGUGUCUCAAAAUGCUAUAAAGAGCGGUCUUUUGGCUACCGCCACUAGAACAAUUGCCGAAAUGUUAGAUUCAAUUCCCAACCAUGAUUCAAGAACAAGAAUUUCCAUCCUCUGUGUUGAUAACAAUAUUCAUUAUUUCUCUAUACCACCAGAUGAAGAUUCUGAUCAAGUUACAAUGAUGGAUGUGGCUGAUUUAGAUGAACCAUUUUUCCCUAGACCAAAUUCAAUGGUGGUCCCUCUGAAAUCGUGCCGUAACAAUUUGGAGAAGGUAUUGAAUUUGAUACCAGAGGUUUUCCAAUUUAACAUUAUGAGUAAAUUUGCCCUAGGGCCAGCUUUAAAAUCUGCUUACAAUUUGAUUGGCGGUAUUGGUGGUAAAAUUAUUGUGGUUUCAUCUACCUUACCAAACAUUGGUGUCGGAAAACUACAGAAGAGAAAUGAAAGUAGCUCGGUGAACACCGCCAAGGAAUCUGCACAAUUGCUAUCAUGCCAAGAUGCUUUCUACAAGUCUUUUACCAUCGAUUGUAGUAAAGUUCAAAUUACUGUGGAUACAUUCUUAGCAUCCGAAGAUUAUAUGGAUGUUGCUACAUUGGCCAAUCUGGGUCGUUACACUGGUGGUCAAACUCAUUUCUACCCUGGAUUCUCUGCCACUAAAUUGACUGAUGUUACUAAAUUCACCAAAGAAUUCUCUAAACACUUGUCCAUGGAUCUAUCCUUGGAAACCGUUAUGAGAGCUAGAGGUACUACAGGUGUCAGAUCCAAUACUUUCUACGGUCACUUCUUCAACAGAUCUUCUGAUUUGUGUGCAUUCUCCACUAUGCCCAGAGACCAAUCCUACGUGUUUGAAAUGUCCAUCGAUGAUUCAAUAAUUGGUGAUUACGCAUGUAUCCAGAUCGGUAUACUGUUAUCAUUGAACACUGGCCAACGUAGAAUUAGGGUCAUUACUAUGUGCAUUCCAACAACAGAAUCGUUAUCAGAUGUCUAUGCCUCUGUGGAUCAAUUGGCAUUGACAGCUUACCACACAGAAAAGGCAGUGGAAAAGGCAUUAUCAUCCAGUUUGCAAGACUCCAGGGAGUAUUUGAACAAAGCUGUUCAAGAUGUACUUGCAGUCUACAAAAAGGAAAUCGUCGUUUCUAACACAGCUGGUGGUGCUCCACUAAGAUUAUGUGCAAAUAUGAGAAUGUUCCCAUUAUUAAUGCACUCAUUGGCUCAGCACAUGGCUUUAAGACCUGGUAUUGUUCCAAGUGAUCACAGAGCUGCGGCAUUGAACAAUUUGGAAUCUAUGCCAUUGAAAUAUUUGGUCAAGAAUAUUUACGCCACAGUUUAUUCAUUGCAUGAUAUGCCUGAUGAUGUCGGAUUCCCCGAUGAGAACGGCCAAUUAAUCCUACCUGAACCUAUCAAUGCAUCUGCUUCCUUAUUCGAAAGAUACGGGUUAUACCUAAUUGACAACGGUAGUGAAUUAUUCCUAUGGAUCGGUGGUGAUGCCGUUAACGAAUUAAUCAUGGACGUCUUUGGUACACAAGAUAUCUUCCAGGUGCCUAUCGGUAAGCAAGAAUUGCCAAUCGUGGAAGGUUCCGAAUUUAACGAAAGAGUCAGAAAUAUUAUUGCUAAGGUUAGGGAGCAUGACGAUAUUAUCAGUUACCAAUCCCUUUACAUUGUUAGAGGUGCUUCAUUGAGUGAACCUGUCAAUCACAUUUCUGCUAGAGAAGUAGCAACUUUGAGACUUUGGGCAACCAGUACUCUGGUGGAAGACAAGGUUCUUAACAGCGAGAGUUACCGCGAAUUCUUACAAAGCAUGAAGAUGAGGAUUAGCAAAUGA